ACAUUCUUUACGCUCCGUGGUAAAGACGGCAAAUAAUAAUAAUUCCAAAAAAAAAAAAUAAUAAUCAUCCGCCGGAGGAGUGAUCUCAGGAGGAAAGUGAAAGGAACUUCCCUCCUGAGCUCACUCAGUCAAAAAAGCGGGCCUUUCCUUUUCAUGACGUCACUUUCACACGUUUUAUAGACAGAUAAAGAAAGCUUGGCGCUCCUCAUCCUCAUCAACCCAGCUGAGGCAGCUGAAUUUGGAAAGUGAGAAUAGAAAGGGAAUCACGGGCUAUGAUGUUUGGGAAAGUUGUAUCAACUUAUGCUUAUAAGUUGAGAGGCCGACGUGAUGCGGGCACAUCGGCGGCAUCAUGUUGGGGGUCGCACGCGCACAAGUGGUCCUCGUCGUCUUUGGGGCGCUCGCAUCCGCCCUCCGCUGCAAUUGGCUGAGACGAUACACGGACUUGAGCAACGAGUGUCUGAUCCUGCUGCGAGGCCUGGGCGGUCCCAUCACGCAAGAGGAAUUCCCGCUUCCUUUCCCGAGAAAACUUUACCGGCUGGCGGAGAAAUCUCAGGCGGCGUGCAAGGUGACGUUCGUCCGCGACAGCUUGGGGCACCUUUUGGAUCUUUACCUGGAAGCGGACCCCCCCCGAGUGGGCUGGCACCCGGGCCGCGUGGACGACCUGCUCAACAUCCUGUACAGGCAGAAGGACGAGCUCAACUCUUGCCUUCCGCCAGGAAAGGCCGGCUGUUUCUCCCAAAAACUGCGGCGCUACUACAAGAGACUGAGCAGGGCCGCUUUCAACGGCACGGUGAGUACUCUCGAGCGGCGCGGGCGCCGCGACCGACGAGCGCGUGACGUGCGUUUUACGGCUUGCAGGUCAGUGGCGCAGGUUGGGAGUUGAUCCGCAGCGAAACCAAAAUGCACCUGCAGCAGCUGCACUUGUUGGUGGCCGCCAUGUGACGGC